GGCAGCUUCCGACUUCAUCCCCUAACAAUCAUGGCGUCCGGGUUUGAAAGCGAGCGGAGUUUGGCGGCGCGCAAAGAGGAGCGACGCCGCCAGCGCGAGGCGCUGCUGCAGCAGGCAAAAGCUGAUUAUGAAAAAGAAGAGCAACGCAAAGAACUGAAGAGACUGCGAGGGGAGGAUACCUGGAUGCUUUCUGAUGUGAAUGAACGCUUAGAACAGUUGCAAAAGGAACAUUGUAUUACCAAAAAGAAGAAAAAGGAGAAGCAUUCAAAAAAACAUAAAAAAGAGAAGAAGAAGAAGCAUAAGAAAACUGAAAAGAACAAUGAUUCAGCUGAUACCACUUCUGAUUCUUCAGAGGAGUGGGUAGAAGCUUCUGUUCCACAGUCUUCCAGAACAGAAGAGGCUUGGAAGGUGAAGAAGAAACAAUCAGACAGUGUAGAAAGUCCCGUGGCAGUUCAGAGGGAAGAAUGGAUGACCUUAGAUUUUAUGUCUGUAAAAACAUUGUCUUCGGCAUCACUGAAGGCUGAAAAGCAGAAAGAAAAAUUAUUGGAACAACAGAAAGCUCAAGCAAAUGAACAGUUGCUGAUUUCUGAAAGAGAGCUCAACCCCUACUGGAAAGAUGGUGGCACAGGUUUACCACCCGAAGAGGUAAUGUCAUCAACAAAAGUGACAGCAGUAGAAGAUGGUGGGUUAAGUUGGCUGAAGAAAUCGUACAAAAGAAUGAAGGAACAAUCUGAGAGAGAGAAGCGGGAUUUGGAAGAAAUCAUAUCUGAAAGAUAUGGUUCAGUGGAACUAUUUCAGUCAAAGUUAGAAGAAGCUGAGAAAGCUGCAGUCCAAAAAGAAAAUGAUUCUAGAAGAGGCUGGCAAAAAUGUAAAUAUUCUGGAAAUGAAGGUAGUAUGAGACAGAGGGAGGAAAAGGAAAUGCGAGAUGAAAACAGAAUAGAAAAAUGUGCACAUAAGGAAGGACCUAAGGAGAGUUAUAAUAAAGAGUAUUCUCAGGAAAAGAGAAGUUGUGGGCGAGACUGGACAACAGAUGAUAAAAAACCAAGGCAUAAUAAUAAAGAAUUUGCAGUAAAAGACUCGUCUUACAGAACUGCAAAGGAUUCUUACCAAAUAAGAAAUUAUGAGAAACCCUUUUUGAGCCCUUUGAAAGCUACAUUUUUGAAACCUAAUGAUGAUGGGGACCAAGAAGACAAGCUGCGGAGUACUUCAUACCAAUUGCAUGCUUCUAGUCCUUUGAAUCGUAGCUUCAGAAAACCUGGUGAUUCUGAUGCUAUUCCAAGUUGGCGUAAAGUGCAAACAGUGGAAGAAAAUGUAAAAGCAGUUCUAGAGGAGGAACCAGCCAAAAUGGAAAUAGCUGUUUCCCAAAGGGAGGAAGAUGAAAGAGAGAAACAGGAAGAGAUGCUGGAUGGUGCCUCGGAUAAUAAAUCAUCAUACUCAGGAACUAUUUCAGAAGAUAAGAACCCCCAUAUUCUUAGUGAUGAGGAAAUGAACAAACUGGGAGCCAAGAUAAUAAAAGCAGAAUUGAUGGGAAACAAGGAUUUAGCUACAAAGCUUCAGACUCAGCUUGACAAUGCACGUAAGCUAAAAGACAGUGGCGCACAGACUCAAGCUAAAGUGUCUGAGAGGGAGACACCAGGUUUCCAGGUAGACCAUGAAGUGGUGCUGAUCAGAACUGAUAAGGCUGGUAGAGCAUGGCCUGUUAAUACUCCAGAACUGCAAGAGUCCACAAGCAGGAGGAGGAAGAAGCAAAUGAUUACUACUCAUGUGGAUAAGGAAAGAGUCCGAUAUUUUCAAGAUGAUGAUAAUCUUAGUUUGAAGGAUUUGGUCAAAAAUGAGAAGAUGAGAACAGCAGAGGAUCAAAAUAAGCUUUUCAUGAGAAUGGCAUCAAAGUUUUCAGACAAAACUGAUAGAGAUUACUACACGCUGGAUGACAUGUUUGUUUCCAAAGCGGCAAAGGGUGAGCAGCGUGGAGAAGAGGAAAGGCAGAGGCAACAAGCAAUCCGUGAGCACCAGCAACUUGCUGCAUGCAUGGAAAAGUGCCCUUACUGCUUUGGUAGCCCUGAACUUCCAAAGCAUCUGAUUAUUGCAAUUGGAAACAAGGUAUACUUAUCAUUGCCAAACCACCAGUCACUCACGGAAGGCCAUUGUGUGAUAGCACCUAUGCUGCACUGCACUGCAGCCACUCUUCUAGAUGAAGACAUCUGGGAAGAAAUCCAGGUAUUCAGAAAAACUUUGGUAAAGAUGUUUGAAGCAGAAGAGCUGGAUUGUGUUUUUCUUGAGACAAACCUAAGUACAAAGAAGAAGUAUCACAUGGUAUAUGAAUGUAUCCCCCUCCCAAAGGAAGUGGGGGAUAUGGCUCCCAUCUACUUCAAGAAAGCUAUAAUGGAGUCUGAUGAAGAAUGGUCCAUGAACAAAAAGUUGAUUGAUCUGUCUUCAAAAGAUGUCCGCAAGUCGGUUCCAAAAGGUUUGCCCUACUUCUGUGUAAACUUUGGUCUCCAAGAAGGCUUUGCUCACAUCAUUGAAGAUCAACACAAGUUCCCUUAUUAUUUUGGAAAGGAAGUAAUUGGUGGCAUGCUGGAUCUGGAGCCCAGGCUUUGGAGAAAAGGAUUGCGAGAAAACUUUGAGGACCAGAGGAAAAAGGUGUUGCAUUUUGCUCAGAGGUGGAAACCGUAUGACUUCACCAAAAGCAAAGAGUAAAGAUACAUGCAGUAGCUGGAUUAUAAGAAACAAACAAGAGCCAGCCCUGAAGUUCCUCCUUCUUACACAGGAAUACUAUGUGGAAGUCUUCUUUAUUUGGAAUGAACACAUUCAGGGAAGGGAGGGAGGGAAAUUCAUGGAUUUAAAAUGGAGAUACCAGAGUUAUCUACAAGUCAAAUGAAUUUCAGUGGUUUAAUAUGUACAUACAUACUUAGUCAAGUGUUAAGUCCUUAAAUGAUGGAUGAGAUGUGUUGUAUAAGCCUUCCACCUUUCAAUAUUUAUUUGCAUUCUGUGGAAAACUAGUUGCUUUUCUUAGAUUAUAAUGUAGUGAGUUUUUCAUUUAAGAUGGUGUAAUUUCUUUUUUAAAAAUGUGUUAAAUUGGCUGUUCAAGUUGUAAGAAUUUAAAGAUCUUUUUUGAUACAAGGAUAAUUUUGAAUUAUGAUUGUUUUGAGGGAGAGUCUGUCAAGUGCAUGGUGUUCCACUUAAAAAGAAAGUUGGACUAGGAUGAAAUCUUGUACCAACUUACCUUGAAAUAAGCCACAUGGAACUUGAUGGUACUUACUUCUGAGUAGAUAUAUAUUGAUCUUUAGACAUAACAAGGAUAAAGUAUUAUAAGACUGUCUAAAUAGCAUUUUAAAAGCAAAUAUUGUUAGUGAAUGGCUUUAUUAACUGCCUUGUGAAGAUGGCUUAUCAGUUUGAUAAGAGUAUGAGGAGGCAGAGAUAAAUUGGGCUUGACAGGAAUUUGAAACCUCACCAUUUUAUAGACCAAAUAAAAUUAUUACAUUUCA